AGCCUUGUAUGCCAUCAAAGGAGACAUCCUGAAUUUCAGUGUAUUUGCAUCCCAUGUUUCAGCUCUCCAAUGAGAAGUCCCUGCAGAAGAGAGCUUGACUGGUGGUGUUUAGUGAUUUCUCAGAUAACAAGAGCUUUGCAUUUCUGUGGAAUUCCCAUUUGCUUGUGAGCUGCUGCCGCCGCUAGCCUGAUUGAUAUAUGACUGCAAUGGCACUUUUCCAUUUGACAUUCUCUCUCUCUCUCUCUCUCUUAAACAACAGCCCUAACUUUUGUGUGUUGCAAAUAUAAAAGGCAAGCCAUGUGACGGGGAGAGGAGAACAAAAGCAUUUGGAAGUAACAAGACCUCUUUUUAGCUCUCACUUCUUUAGGAGUCCAAAAAAGGGAAGGAGAAGCACAUUUUGCAAAGCCAUGCAGGAGAUGUUUUGAUGGAUUAUAACUUCAACAAAUGACAGACCCAAAACCAGCAAUGACAACCCAAAGACUUACAACAGAUCAUUCACUUUGCUCAGAAGGGACUGGGUCUCAGUCUAUAAAGUUCUUUUGAUAAUCUACCGCCCUCUACUGUUACUCCUGAUAAGUUCUCCAAUGAUGGGAAAUCAUGUACUAGCGGCCUCAAUUUCCAUGCUGUCCCUUUUGGCAAUAAUGGGAGACACAGAUAGUAAAACAGAAAGUACCUUCAUGAUGGAUUCGGAUCCAGGCCGCUGCAUGAGGCAUCACUACGUUGAUUCCAUCAGCCACCCUUUGUACAAGUGCAGUUCAAAGAUGGUGCUUCUGGCUCGCUGUGAGGGACGCUGCACUCAGACAUCACGCUCUGAGCCAAUGGUAUCCUUCAGUACAGUCCUGAAACAGCCUUUCCGAUCCACAUGCCACUGCUGCCGGCCACAGACUUCCAAGCUGAAGGCCAUGAGGUUGCGCUGCUCAGGUGGCAUGAGGCUCACCGCUACCUAUCGUUACAUCCUCUCAUGCCAUUGUGAGGAGUGCAACUCCUAGGGGGAGAAAAAACCUGCUGCAGCAGAACAAGUGAAAGGGACACAUGCUCAGCAGUAGAACUCUCACAGGCACUAGGACAGCCUUUCAAUAGCACACUCUGACACAACCCAGGAUCAUUAAUAUGGAUUUCAUUUGCAAGCUACAGAGAGUGUGUCAACUAUGACAAUGCUUGGGAAAGUGCCAAAUCAUGAAACAGACAUCAGAAUGUAAAUCUAUGCUGAAGACAAAAACUCAUGUGAUGGGUGUGGAAGAACACUGAUGUUCAGAAAUGUAUUUUUAUUGGAAAGAUAAUAAGGAUAUAUUUUCUGUCUCAGCAGUUCUUUAGUCCUGAAUAAGGGCCAAUGAGGAACUAUGGCUCACCAUUUGAAUGUCCUGCCAGUAAUGUAAGAAACACACAGAAAAAGUCAAGACAUAUAGAAUAUUUACCAUGAAUAUCAUUAUGUACAGAAUAUUUUGUUCUAGAAGAAGUGAAAGAUUCCAUCCCUAUAUACAGAAGCCUAUUGUAUCUUUUAACCGUGCCCCUUAGUUUAUAUUGGCCUUGAAAAUGGACUGUGUUGAUGGUAAGAGUUAUAUUUUAUCUGGUCUGGCAGCCAAGUGCUGGACAACGUAUUGUGAUUUAGGUGCAGUUACAAAA